CACUGGGCCCGGAUGUCUUAGCCAAAGAAAACAGUGUAGUAGCUCGUUGUGUGCGGGCUGACCUGUUCAGAUUCAUUCCGCAUCAUCGGUUAUCUCACGGCUCUGUCUGCUGUUAGCCAGCUAACUAACGUGUGUGACUUGUGUGCGGGACUCGCUAACCAGCGAGGAAUGGUGUGCAGCUCUCUCUCCUGAGUGAGGGACAGAGUGUGAGCUGGUGUGUGUUGUGUGUGCAGAGGCAGCAUGGAGCCCUCCAGCAUGCUGGCGUUGUGGCUGCAGCUGGCCGAGAGCUGUGGCCUGAGCACCGUCCAGCAGGGCCUGCAGCAGAUCUGGAGGCUGCUGCUGCUCUGCCUGCUCUGCAGACUCUGCUUCAGACUGGGAGGCAUGUCCACUGUAAAGCACAUGGUGUCAGUGUUGACUGGGCUUUAUGGCCUCUUCCUGUUUUUUGAGCUGCACAUGCUGUGGGUGCUGCUGCUCGGUGCGCUCUGUUACUUGGUGCUGCUGCUCAGUCGACGGUCCAGCAGCAGAGGCCUCUUCCUCUCAGGAGUCAUCCUCAUCUACCUCCUAAUGGGGGAGCUGCAUUUAAUCGAUCCAGUAACCUGGCAUAAAAUGAGAGGCUCCCAGAUGGUGGUAGCCAUGAAGGCCAUCUCUCUAGCCUUUGACCUGGACAGAGGGGUGGUUGCCAGCCUGCCCUCUCCAGCAGAGUUCCUGGGCUACGUUCUCUUCGUGGGAACCGUCAUCUUUGGCCCGUGGAUCAGCUUCUCCAGCUACAAGGGUGCCAUUGAAGGCAAGAAGCUCAGUUGGUCGUGGCUGCAGAAUUCCUCCCUCAGUCUGCUGAAGAGCCAGGUCUGCCUGCUGGUCUCCAACUGCAUCGCCCCUUACCUGUUCCUUUUCUUCAUCCCAAUCCACGGGGACCAAAUCACAGACAAGUGGCUCCAUGCCUACGAGAACGCAGUGUCCUUCCACUUCAGUAACUACUUUGUAGGCCACCUCAGCGAAGGCACCACCAUGCUAGCGGGAGCAGGUUUCAGUGAAGAAAAAGACAACAUCAAGUGGGAUAUGAGUGUGGUGAAGCCCCUCAGUGUGGAAAUGCCUCGGUCCAUGGUUCUGGUGGUGACGUCCUGGAACAUCCCCAUGUCUCGCUGGCUCAAUACCUAUGUCUUCAAAAAUGCUAUGAAACUCGGGACAUUUCCAGCCAUCCUGGUGACAUACACAGCCAGUGCCUUACUGCAUGGUCUGAGUUUUCACCUUGGAGCUGUUCUGCUCUCCUUGGGGUUCAUCACCUAUGUUGAACAUGUCCUGAGAAAGAAGCUUGCAGCUAUUUUCAGUGCGUGUAUCCUGUCCAGGCCCUGCACCUCCGACUGCAGCCACCAGCACAAGAAGGAGUGCUGGGUGAUGCUGGUGAACCUGCUGUUCAGUUUCCUUGCCAUCUUCCACCUCACCUACCUGGGCUCCAUGUUUGGUCCUGAUGUUGACGACCAAGCAGCAGAGGAGGGUUACCUAGCCAGUCACACCAUCCAGAAGUGGUCUGAGCUGAACUGGGCCAGUCAUCAGGUGGUCUUUGUCUGUUGGGUGUUCUAUCGCCUAAUUCAGUGAUCUGAUUGGAGCAGAAGGCAGAAUGGAAGACUCGAAGACCAAUCCACUGGAAGAAUGGUAGUUGUACAGAGGCGACCUUCAGCACUCAACGUUUCACUGAAGAUCCGGAGGUUGCUCACUUGAGACAAAAAGGGGAAGGAGAUGUGCCAAAUGGAAAGGAGGUGUACUACUGAGCCUCUAAAAACAUUGUUUUCACACAUGGCAGGGAGAUGAUUAAGCUUUCAUGCUUGGAAAUCUUAUCAUUCUCUUCCUUGCCUCUGUGCAUGUUGGGAGAAGGGAUUGUUUCAAAACCACAACUAUUGAAAUGGACUAAUAAAAGUACAAAAUACAGGUUAAGGUGCUUAAAGCCAGUCAGGUGAUAUCACCAGGGUCUGCCAGGAAUGAAAGGAUAACUGGAGAGAAACACGGACUUUACCACUAAGACCUCCCAUUAAUUAGACUUUAUAGAGGCAUGUGCUUAUUUGAACACAUUGACCAUUGCUGGUCUGAGGACAGGCUUGGAAACACUAUAUUGAUCUCAUCUCCAUUGGUAUUAUUUUUGUGUCACUAAUGCUGUACUGUAGGUACAAUCCAUCAGUGGAAUUGGUACCCCACUGAUUUUGUUUUUAUGUCCAAAAACCAUUUCGGCAGUUUAAUACGUAUCAUUAUCAGUAAAUGUAUAUCUUUAAAGGGUCCAUAACUGUAAAAAUAUGUUCUGUUGUUACAGCUGAGGGUUUUUGUAGCUGCUAUUUGAUGUGUAUCUUUUCUCCAUUAAACAUUUUUAUAUAUAUACAUGAAAAAA